AUGGGCGAGCAUAAUCUCCUUAAUCCCGGGUUUGUGGGACCUUUGGUAAACAUCCACACAGGAGACACAUUUUACCUCCCAAAUUUUAGAGCUUCUGGGGGACAACUGGCGGGGCUACCCUCUCUCCCCUACCCAAGACGGGACAAUGUCUGCUCUCUGCCGUGGAACCCAUCGGAGCCGUGCAAUGGAUACCCUCAAUCUUACUUUAGCAGCCCCGUGUCCAUUAACCCUUCAUUUAACCGAGCGUGCGAAAUAACACGGCAGGAGGAAGGCAAAUGUUUUUACAGUAACAGUGGCGGCAGCAGGGAGACUUGCGCAGAGGGCUCAAGCCUCAAACGAGAGGACAGAUCCAGGGACACUUCUUCCAUGUCGUCAGAGCACGGACUACACAACGGAAUGGGCAGCGGCAGUACCUUUUCUAAAUAUGACUAUGCGGCUGAGCAGCUGACCCAAGACCCACCGUCCUGUCAAUCCAUUGAAUCUGAUUCCAGUUCGUCGCUGCUCAAUGAAGGAGGCAAGACCCCUGUUAGCAUCCCACAGACGCUGGCAUCGCCUGGUAAUCACGCUGGCAGUGUGACUGCAGGCGGAGGUGCCCCAUGGUACCCGAUGCACAGCCGGACCCGCAAGAAACGCAAACCCUACUCCAAACUACAGUUGGCCGAGCUGGAGGGCGAAUUCAUGCUCAACGAAUUCAUCACGCGACAGCGGCGGAGGGAGCUGUCUGACCGCCUCAGUCUCAGUGACCAACAGGUUAAGAUCUGGUUCCAGAACCGGCGAAUGAAGAAGAAAAGACUGCUAUUGAGGGAACAAGCCUUGUCCUUCUUUUAG